AUGGGAAGGAAGUUACCACCACCUCCUCCCCCUCCUCCAGGAAUUAAUUCAGAUAGUGUCAAUGGAAAUGCCAGAAAAAGAACAAAACCUGGCCCACCACCGCCACCUCCACCACCUACUUCAAAUUUACAACCAAAAACUCAACCACCACCACCACCUCCUCCUCCUUCUAGAGCAGUGCCACCUCCACCUCCUCCACCACCAUCUAGUAUAGUUACUCCUUCUUCUUCACAGCAAGAACUAGACUCGCGUAAGCGACAAUGGCUCCAAAUCCAAAAGACUAGAUUCAAACAAGCACCCAACAAAGCAUCGGGUGGGAUAAUUCAUCCACAUAAACCAGAAAUGCCACCACAACAUCUCCGUAAAAUCAUGUUAGAUCAUGGUGACUUGACUACCAAAAGAAUAGCCCUGGAUAAACGUUCACAUUUGGGUUCAUUGAAGUAUUUACCUCAUGCAUUAUUAAAACUUUUGGAAAAUAUGCCCCAACCAUGGGAGCAGUCCAAAGAAGUUAAAGUUCUUUAUCAUACCACGGGUGCAAUUACAUUUGUUAAUGAGAUUCCUAGAGUUAUAGAACCUGUAUAUAUUGCCCAAUGGAGUAAUGUUUGGAAUCAAAUGCGGCAGGAAAAACGAGAUAGACGUCAUUUUAAACGUAUAAGGUUCCCACCAUUCGAUGAUGAAGAACCACCGAUUGACUGGAAUGAGAAUUUAGAAGGUGUGGACCCACCCGAUUCAAUUAGAGGUGAACAUGAAGAAUGGUUCUUUGAACAACAACCAUUUAUAGACGAUGAAGACGUGGUAAACGGAGACUCGUAUCGAAAAUGGAAUUUAGAUACCACCAACAUGCAUAAAUUAUAUCAAACUUCAAAACCUAUUUUGAAUGAAACACAAGCUGCACCUUAUUUGUUUGAUAAUGAUGCCUUUAUAACUGCUAAAAGUUUGAAUGUUGCCUUACCAGGCGGACCUAAAUUUGAACCAAGAUAUAACAAAGAAGACAUUCCAGAGGAUGAUGACUUUACUGAGUUUAACUAUAUUGAUCGAAUUAUUUUCAGGAUACCUAUUAGAACUGAGUAUAAAGUUGCAUUUCCUUAUUUAUAUAAUUCCUUUGUUAAACUGGUGCAAUUGAUUCUGUAUCAUCACAGCAUUAAUUGUUAUCAGGCAAAUAAACAAGAUACAUUGGUUUACACCUUUAAUGCAAAUUUCAAUCCAAUAUUACCUAGAGUGAAACCGAAGCAACAGCAAGUGCAAGAAGAAGAAGAGGAAAUUUUUGAAUUGGACGUUGAACCAUUCCUUAAAUGGAAUCUGGAAGAAUCUGAAGAAUCCGAUGAGGAGGAACUUGAAGAAGAACUCCCAUUUGAACCACAAGGAACCAAGCAAGCACUUGAACUUUUAUGGGCCCCCUAUCCUUUUAAUCGUCGUAGCGGUAAAACCGUUCGAGCUCAAGAUGUUGCAUUAAUUAAGAGUUGGUAUAAACGUCAUGCACCCCGAAAAGCACCUGCCAAAGUUAGAGUUUCUUAUCAAAAAUUGCUCAAAAAUCAUAUUCUUAAUCAAGUUCAUACGAGAAAACGCCGACAUACACCUAAACGUGCUAAGCUACUCCCUAGUUUGAAAUCAACAAAAUAUUUCCAUCAAACUACUAUAGAUUGGGUUGAAGCUGGUAUACAAGUAUGUCGUCAGGGGUUCAAUAUGCUUAAUUUGUUAAUUCAUAAACGUGGAUUAACCUAUCUUCAUUUGGAUUACAAUUUUAAUUUGAAACCAACAAAGACAUUGACUACCAAGGAACGUAAGAAAUCUCGUUUUGGUAAUGCAUUCCAUUUAAUUCGUGAAUUGCUUCGUAUGAUUAAAAUUAUAGUUGACAGUCAUGUACAAUAUCGAUUAGGAAAUAUUGACGCAUUUCAAUUAGCUGAUGGGUUGUAUUACAUAAUGAAUCAUUUGGGUCAAUUGACGGGGAUUUAUCGAUACAAGUACAAAGUGAUGCAUCAAAUUCGUCAAUGUAAAGAUUUAAAACAUUUGGUUUAUCAUAGAUUCAACAAUAUUAUCGGGAAAGGUCCUGGUUGUGGGUUUUGGCAACCAGCAUGGAGAGUUUGGAUAUUCUUUUUGAGAGGAGUUGUACCAUUAUUAGAAAGAUGGUUGGGUAACUUAAUUGCUAGACAGUUUGAAGGCAGACGAGCAAAUGAUGUUGCCAAGACUAUAACCAAGCAAAGAGUGGAUUCGUACUAUGAUUUAGAAUUAAGAGCACAAGUUAUGCAUGAUAUUUUAGAUAUGAUACCGGAAGGAUUGAAACAAUCAAAGUCUAAAACUAUUCUUCAGCAUUUAAGUGAGGCAUGGAGAUGUUGGAAAGCAAAUAUUCCUUGGAAAGUUGCUGGAUUGCCUGAACCAAUUGAAAAGAUUAUUGAAAGAUACAUCAAGGCAAAAGCAGAUGGUUGGAUCUCUGUAACACAUUAUAAUAGAGAUAGAAUUCAACGUGGUGCAACAGUUGAAAAAACUAUUGCCAAGAAGAACCUAGGUAGGUUGACAAGAUUGUGGAUAAAGAAUGAACAAACUAGACAAAUGAAUUUUGCCAAGAAUGGUCCAUAUGUUAGUCCUGAUGAAGCAGUUACGAUUUUUCAAACUAUGAUUAAUUGGUUAGAAUCUCGAAAGUUUUCACCAAUUCCAUUUCCACCUAUAAAUUAUAAGCACGAUACCAAGUUAUUAAUUCUUGCGUUGGAGGGAUUAAAGCUGAGUUAUAAUGUUAAUUCAAAAUUAAAUUCUCAGCAACGUGAAGAAUUAGCUUUGAUUGAACAAGCUUACGAUAAUCCUCAUGAAUGUUUGGCAAGAAUAAAGAAAUAUUUACUUACACAAAGAAUCUUCAAAGAAGUUGGAUUAGAAAUGAUGGAUUACUACAGUCAUAUAGUACCAACAUAUGCUGUUGAUCCAUUGGAAAAGAUUACUGACGCGUACCUUGAUCAAUAUUUGUGGUAUGAAGCUGAUAAACGGAAAUUGUUCCCAAAUUGGAUUAAGCCAAGUGAUGACGAAAUUCCACCUUUGUUGGUAUACAAAUGGUGUCAAGGAAUCAACAACUUGCAUCAGGUUUGGGAUAUUGACCAAGGUCAAUGUAAUGUAAUGUUGGAAACAUCACUAGAAAAAUUUGCUGAACAAAUUGAUUUUACAUUAUUGAACAGAUUGUUGAGAUUAGUUAUGGAUACAAAUAUUGCAGACUAUAUUACUGCCAAGAAUAAUGUUAAUUUGACAUUUAAAGACAUGAAUCAUAUUAAUCAAUAUGGGUUAAUUCGUGGUUUACAGUUUUCUUCAUUUGUUUAUCAAUAUUAUGGAUUGGUUAUAGAUUUACUUAUACUUGGGUUAGAUCGAGCUAAUGAAUUGGCAGGACCUAUAACAUCACCAAAUAAUUUUGCUCAAUUUAAAGAUUUGACCACGGAAACUUCAUCACCAAUAAGAUUAUAUUCAAGGUAUAUGGACAAAAUCCACAUAUUCUUCCGUUUUGAUAAUGAAGAAUCUACUGAUCUUAUUCAAGACUAUCUUUCAGAAAAUCCUGAUCCAAAUUUUGAAAAUGUUGUGGGAUAUAAUAACCAUAAAUGUUGGCCAAGGGAUUCAAGAAUGAGAUUGAUGAGACAUGAUGUUAAUUUAGGUAGAGCUGUUUUCUGGGAAGUUCAAGGUAGAAUACCAAAAUCAUUGACUUCAAUUGAAUGGGAAAAUACAUUUGCUUCAGUGUACUCGAGAGAUAAUCCAAAUUUACUAUUCCUGAUGUGUGGAUUUGAAGUUAGAAUUUUACCAAAAGUGAGAAAUAUUGGUGGUUCCUCCAUUGAAUCUUCGUGGGAUCUUAUUGAUCAAACUACAAAAGAACGUACUGCAAAAGCAUACCUUCAAGUAUCUCAAGAUUCAAUUGAUAAUUUCAAUAAUAGAAUUCGACAAAUCUUGAUGUCUUCCGGUUCAACUACUUUCACCAAGAUAGCAGCAAAGUGGAAUACCGCAUUGAUUGCAUUGGUUACAUAUUUUAGAGAAGCUGCUAUUUCUACUCCUACAUUAUUAGAUGUAUUGGUUAAAUGUGAAACCAAGAUCCAAAACAGAGUCAAAAUGGGACUUAAUUCGAAAAUGCCUUCAAGAUUCCCACCAGCGGUUUUCUAUACACCUAAGGAAUUAGGUGGGUUAGGUAUGUUAAGCGCAUCACAUGUGCUUAUUCCUGCUUCUGAUUUAAGAUGGUCAACUCAAACUGACACUGGUAUUACACAUUUCCGAGCAGGUAUGACUCACGAAGAAGAUAAGAUGAUUCCGACAAUAUUCAGGUAUGUUACAAGUUGGGAAAAUGAAUUUUUGGAUUCUCAAAGAGUCUGGGCAGAAUAUGCUAUUAAACGUCAAGAAGCAUUGGAUCAAAAUCGUAGAUUGACAUUUGAAGAUAUGGAAAACAAUUGGGACAGAGGUAUACCUAGAAUUAGCACAUUAUUCCAAAAAGAUCGUCAUACAUUAGCUUAUGACAAAGGACAUAGAAUUAGAAAUCAAUUUAGACAAUUCAGCCUUGCUAGAUUUAAUCCAUUCUGGUGGACUUCAAACCAUCACGAUGGCAAAUUAUGGAAUCUCAACAAUUAUAGAACUGAUGUUAUACAAGCAUUAGGUGGUAUCGAGACUAUAUUAGAACAUACUUUGUUUAAAGGAACUGGAUUUGAUUCAUGGGAAGGAUUGUUCUGGGAAAAAGCUAGUGGAUUUGAAGACUCCUUGAAGUUCAAGAAAUUAACCAAUGCUCAAAGAUCAGGUCUUAGUCAAAUCCCGAAUCGAAGAUUCACUCUUUGGUGGUCUCCUACAAUUAAUCGUGCCAAUGUUUAUGUCGGUUUCUUAGUUCAAUUAGAUUUAACGGGUAUAUUCUUACAUGGUAAAAUUCCGACAUUGAAAAUCUCACUUAUUCAAAUAUUUAGAGCACAUUUAUGGCAAAAAAUUCAUGAAAGUAUUGUAUCUGAUUUAUGUCAAGUUUUUGAUAAAGAAUUAGAAGUUUUGCAAAUUGAUAAUGUUGAAAAGCAGCCAAUUCAUCCUAGAAAAUCAUACAAAAUGAAUUCAUCAACUGCUGAUAUUGUAUGUAUUAGUACUUACAAAUGGAAACUUAGCAAACCAUCAUUAUUGAAUGAAGAUGAUAGAGACUCUUAUCCUAUAACAGCUAAUAAGUUCUGGAUUGAUGUGCAGCUAAGAUAUGGGGACUAUGAUUCUCAUGAUAUUUCAAGAUAUGCAAGACUGAAAUUCUUGGAUUAUACCACUGAUGGAACAAGUUCGUAUCCAAGUCCAACUGGUAUAAUCAUUGCCAUUGAUCUAGCAUAUAACAUGUACGAUGUUUAUGGUAACUGGUUCCCAGGAUUGAAACCAUUAAUCCAUAAUGCCAUGAAGGAAAUUAUGAAGAGUAAUCCUGCCUUGUAUGUGUUGAGAGAAAGAAUUAGAAAAGGGUUACAAUUAUACCAAUCACAACCUCAACAGCCAUUAUUGAAUUCAAAUAACUAUGCUGAGUUGUUCAAUAAUGAAACUCAAUUCUUCAUUGAUGACACAAACGUUUACAGAGUGGUUGUUCACAAGACAAUGGAGGGCAAUUUAGCAACUAAGCCAAUCAAUGGUUGUAUUUUUAUAUUGAAUCCGAAGACGGGUCAAUUAUUCUUGAAGAUUAUUCAUACAUCAGUUUGGUCAGGGCAAAAACGUUUAGGACAAUUGGCGAAAUGGAAAACAGCAGAAGAAGUGACUGCAUUGGUCAAGUCAUUACCGAGAGAAGAACAACCAAAGCAAUUAAUUGUGACGCGUAAGGGUAUGAUGGAUCCACUUGAAGUUCACAUGUUAGAUUUUACAAAUAUUUCAAUUAGAAGCUCAGAAUUACAUUUGCCAUUUGGUGCAGUUAUGAAGAUUAAUAAGUUGAACGAAAUCGUUUUAAAGGCAAGUGAACCACAAAUGGUAUUGUUUAACUUUUAUGAUGAUUGGCUAAAAACAAUUUCUCCAUAUACUGCAUUUUCAAGGGUUAUUCUUAUAUUACGUGCGAUGAAUAUUGAUCAAGAAACUACCAAUAGAAUAUUACAACCAGAUGCAUCAAUAAUUGUUCAAGAUCAUCAUAUUUGGCCAAGUUUAUCUGAUGAAACCUGGAUUGAUGUUGAAAGUAAAUUGAGAGAUUUGAUUCUUGAUGAUUACUCCAAGAAAUAUAAUGUUAAUAUCCAAAGUUUAACUCAAUCUGAAAUUAGAGAUUUGAUUUUGGGUCAAGAUAUUAGAGCACCUUCUGCCAAGAGACAAGAAAUUUCCCAAAUUGAAUCUGCUCCAAAUAAUGUUGAGAAUAAGGAUUUGGUUGCCUUAAAGACCACAACUACAAAUGUUCAUGGUGAAGAAAUUGUUACUGUUACAACUACAAAUUAUGAACAGCUGACAUUCUCAUCUAGAAAUGAAUGGAGAAAUAGGGCUAUUGCUGCUAAUAGCUUGUACUUGAGAACCAACAAUAUCUAUGUGAAUUCCAGUGAUUUUGAAGAUGAAAGUUCUUACACAUACAUUCUUCCUAAGAACAUUUUGAGUAAGUUUGUUCAAAUUUCGGAUUUAAGAAUCCAAGUUGGUGGGUUCUUGUAUGGAAAAUCGCCAAGUGAUAAUAAUCAAAUUAAAGAGAUUAAAUGUAUUGCCAUAGUUCCACAAUUGGGUAAUGUUAACUCAAUUCAAUUUCCUGAACAUUUACCUGAACUGGUGGGAUACUUACAAGAUCUUGAAUUGUUAGGUUGGGUUCAUAGUCAAUCACAAGAUUUCUCAUAUAUGACAAGUUAUGAUGUAACUACCCAGGCCAAAUUCAAUAUUCCUUCUAAUUUCAUUGAUAUGACGGUGGCAUUUACUCCUGGUUCAAUUACAAUUUCUGCAUUUGAAUUAAAUGAAUUAGGAUAUGAAUGGGGAAAGCAAAAUCAAGAUAUGAUUUCCGAAUCUCCUCAAGGAUUCAGUAAGGACUUCUCCAAACAAGGACAAUUGAUUGUAACUGAUCAAAUUGGUGGUACAUUUAUGGUUCCUGAAGAUGAAAUUUGGAAUUAUUUCUUUAUUGGUACAAUGUUUAACCCUAAGGAGAUUUACGAUAUGAAGGUUGAUAUCCCAAUUGGCUUCUAUCAUGAAUUACAUAGACCAAUUCAUUUCCUUGGAUUCAGUCAACUACAAGAGGAUAAUAUUGCUGAAGCUGAUCAAGAAGAUGUAUUUAACUAG